AUGCUUACCUACUUUGCCCUAUCUAAUGAUAAUCCUGACUCUGUUGCUAAGCAUGAAAGCGAAGACUUUGUUUACAAACCUUCACCAAAUGUUGUAUCAGAUACAAAAGAACGUAGAUAUUACAGCAGUUCAUCUCAAACUUAUAUACUCCCCUGCGACGAAGAAGAGCAGUAUCGUCUAAACAUGCAACACAUACUAUUCGAAAAACUAUUUGAUGGCCAUGUGCUCUCUAGUGUAAAAAAUAACUUGCAGCCUGGUUCUACAGUUGUCGAUUUUGGAUGUGGAACUGGAGCAUGGGUGAUAGAUAUGGCCAAGAGUUAUCCAGACUCCACAUUCAUUGGAGUUGAUAUUGCCAAUGUUUUUCCUAAUGACAAUCUACCUCCAAACGUCAGCUUCUCAAUCAUGGAUAUUUCCAAGCCUUUGGACUUUAAAGACAAUUCACUUGAUUUCGUCAAUAGCCGUCUUCUUUUGGGAGGUCUCCAAAAAGAGAAAUGGGCAACUAUGCUUACAGAGUGGUAUCGCAUAGUCAAACCCGGAGGAAUUGUGCAAUUAAUGGAGGUUGAUUUUAUGGCAGCGGAUAUAGUACCAGGUGCCGAGCGUUUUAUUAAGGGCCUUCAUGACCUUAUGGAGGAGAGAGGGUUGGAUUUCUUUGUGGCCGUUAAGCUUCCUGCUUUAUUACGCUGUAAUGGAUUUAAUGUUGUCGAAAGAAAUGCACGAAAAAUGGAAUUUUACGGUACCGACUUGAGUAAAAUGGUAGCAGACAACUGGGAUAGAUUAAACCUUGGUUUCAAAGGAGGUUUGGUGAAGUAUAUCUGUCCUGAAGACCCAGAUUCAUAUGAGGUGCUUUUAGAAGGAGGUAUUAAGGCCUGUAUUGAACAGCGUUGGUUUAAGAGAGCAGUUGGUGUAGUCGGCCGAAAGCCAGUAGUAUAG